CUCGUGUUUUCUUCGACAUCCAGAUCGGCAAACAAAAGCCCGGUCGCGUUGCCCUUGAGCUGUUCAACGAUGGUAUGGCUUUGCGCGCCCCUCCGGCUCCGUGAUAGCCGAUUCUAACCCACGCCGUAGUUGUUCCCGAAACCGCGGAGAAUUUCCGUGCUCUCUCGACCGGAGAGAAGGGUGUUGGAAAGCAGGGCAAGCCAUUGAGCUUCAAGGGUACGCUGAUCUCUCUUCUCUCGCUCUCCCCGCUUCCGUCCCGCAUCGUGCAAUAUGCAGGCAGCCUUGCUUACCCGCUUCCUGCCGCGUAACUAGGCUCCAUCUUCCACCGUGUGAUCAAACAAUUCAUGAUCCAGGGUGGUGAUUUCACCGCAUUCAACGGUACCGGUGGUGAAUCCAUCUACGGCGAGAAAUUCCCCGACGAGAACUUCGACCUGAAGCAUGAUCGCCCCUUCCUCCUCUCCAUGGCCAACUCCGGCCCCGGCACCAACGGCAGCCAGUUCUUCAUCACCACCGUCCCCACUCCCCACCUGGAUGGCAAGCACGUGGUUUUCGGCGAGGUCAUCAAUGGAAAGAGCGUCGUUCGCAAGGUGGAGAACCUGGACACUCAGGCUGACAAGCCCACCGUUGACGUGACGAUCGUGGACUGCGGCGAAUUGACCGGCCAGGAGUACGACGAUGCCGACAAGCAGGUCCCCGACGUCACCGGUGACCCGUACGAGGACUUCCCCGAUGACCACCAGGGCGAGGAGCUGAACGCCCCCGUGUGCUUCAAGAUCGCCUCCGAGCUGAAGAACUUCGGAAACGCUGCCUUCAAAAGCGGAAACCUCGCCGUUGGCCUCGAGAAGUACCAGAAGGGUCUGCGCUAUCUGAACGAGUUCCCCGGUCCCGACGAGAACGACCCCAAGGAACUGGAGGGCCAGAUGAAGGCUCUGCGCUUCACCCUCCACUCCAACUCGUCCCUGCUGGCCAACAAGCUGGGUCAGUUCAAGAACGGUCAGACCUGGGCCACGUACGCGCUCGAGGUGGCGGACGCCGCCAGCGCUAAGGACGCCGACCGGGCCAAGGCCUACUACCGCCGUGCCGUUGCCAGCACCGGCCUGAAGGAGGAGGACGCGUCUCUGAAGGAUCUCGAGCAGGCGUCUAAGCUGGCUCCCAACGACGCCGGCAUCACCAACGAAGUUGCGCGCGUGAAGAAGGCUGUCAAGGACCGAGAGGCCAAGGAGCGCGCCACUGCCCAAAAAUUCUUCUCGUAAAAUGCUUGUCUUAACUAUACUUACCUAUCGCGAGACCAGAAAAUCUACGAUGGUUCAUGAUUCAUGAUUUCAUGAAUACUUUUUUCCUCUUAUCUCUCUCUCUUUUCUUGACCUUUCUUCCAUAAACGAGCGAAUUCCAGCAUACGGCUCUGCAUAUUUUCGUGAUUUCACGUAUUGUUCUUCAUCUUUCUCACCUUACAUCUUUUUCAAAGCCCGAUCUCAGAUUCCGGCAUGAAGAACCAGGUCUAUCUUCUUCAUUGUAUCACGAUUCCUUGGUCUACCAUGGAUAUUCUAAACUCGGAAAACGUUCUCGAAUCUCGACGUAUGCACUCACUAUUCCAUACAAAGAUUCUAUCAAGAGAUGGAAACAAACUUGAGCAGAAAACGGACAAACAGUAAUAAACCCGCAGAACCAACAAAUAAAAAAAGAAACAA